GUUACAAAUAAUUAUAAACUAAAGUGACAUCAAGAAAAUUUCUAUAAAAUGAAACUAAGUUUGAAUGAAGUGGAAGCGAUGCGCUUUCACCGUAUUCCUCGCCGCAAUUGCUUUCCACGUCUGCCCUGCACCCGCAUCCUAAUCAUAUCGGUAUUGGUGCUCAUCACAUUGCUGGUCUCUCUGAUCUAUCAUGGCAUUGUGCUGGAGCGCAUGGAUCACCUACGACAAUUAAUGGCCUUGAAUAGGAAACACGCGCGGCACAUGCAACCCUUCAAUGAGAAUGAUGCCUUUGUGAUAAGCCCACAACCGCAGCCCUUUCGCAUUCAGCUAAUGAACGACGAUGCAACAAUGGCAGUGGCUACCAAAAGCGAGGAGAAAGCAUUGCGCCUGAAGCAUCUUCGAUUCAAGUUCCGUAUGAAGCGUAGAUUUCGACCACGGCGUAGUAUUCAAUCUGUGGAUCUACUCGAUCCGUUGCAGCUAGAGCUGAAGAUGCAGCAUCUGUAUACAAAAUUGCGCAACAAACGCGCCAAGGCUGCGCUGAGUCAGCUGGAGAACGAAUAUGUGCGCUGCAAGGUGCAGACGCCAGAGGAUUGCAUGUUGGCCUUUAUGCGCAUGUACAAGAUGGCCAAGGAAAUCACCGAGAAGAUGGACAAGAUGAAGGAGAUCAUCAAGGAUCAUCUGGAGUCCAGCAGCAUGGAAUCGCAAGACUCCGAGUCUGACGCACCAGCAAAGACCAAGACCAAGAAAACGACUGUGCCGCCAUUAGAGGAGCUGACUACUUCAACUUCAAGCGAUGAGGAGACAACACUUAAGCCCACAAGAGUUAAGAUAACGCCAGCAAAAAUCAGUUGGAUUAUCGAUGGACACGGGCACGAUGAGCAGGAGGCAUAUGUGGAAAAUACGCCAAGAGCUUUAACUACUACAGAGCUAGAUUAUGGCACGACAACAACGUUGGCUACGACAACAGUAGAGAGCACAACACUCACGACAACAGUGGAGAGCUCAACAUUCACGACAACAGCAGAGAGCACAACAGCCACGACAACAGUUGGGAACACCACCCCAACGACAACAGUGGAUAGCACAAUACCCACGACAACAACUGUGAGCACCGCAACAAGUAGCAGCAAUAGCAAUAGCUCGUUCACAGCCACCACAACCACUGGCAAUCACUUAUUAGUUCAUACCACUGAGGGACCUGACGUGGAUGACAUCAUAGAUCCAAUCACAUGGUUUCUUGAUCGCUUCGAUAAGCCCAAGGAAAUUCGGCGAACCACAGUGCCAACAAAUGAGAAAGCAACAACAAUAGAGAUUACUACUGAAGUCCAACAGACAACAACUUUGCCAAGUUUUGAUUUUAAGUCAGGUCCACUUCACUCCGAUGACCAUAUGACCAAUGCUAGCUUUCAUUCAACAACCACAGAGCUCACAACAGAUGCACCAGCACCACUCACAACAACUACAAACACGGCAGAAAGUGAGACAUUGCCACGCAAGCUGCAACACGACUGGAUUCUGGAUGUAGAGGAGCAGGAGGUGGAGCCCAUUGUACAUCCAGUCACUACACCGCCUAUUAUUAGUACUACGUUCAGUCCAAGCACAUCGACCGAUGUUGUGGACGCCGCAAACCAAACCGCCAUUCCCACCAAGCUCAAGCCAAUCAAAUUCAGUUGGAUCAUUGAUGGCGAUGAUGGCAGCAUUGAAGAACGGAUCACAACACAAGUGGCAGGCACCACUGAAACCUCAACGGAUACCCGCACAGAAACCACCAUUGAAUCCACCACUGAAAGCGCACGUGCGAUGCAUCCUUUGGAUAAUCCCAGCAGCAUUGAGAACAUGCUGGAUAGCUCCGAGCGACAUGGGCAGGAGAAGCCGCUAAUCAAAGUGCUGCCCGCCAAAAAUGAGACCACAUUACCCGAAAACUCCAAAAAUGACAGUGUCUAUGAUCGGAAUCACUGGCUGCAUCAGUUCGAGCAGCAGGCAUCACAGGAUGAACUAAUCGAAACCUUUGGCACGGAGCAGGAUGUGAAAAGUCUGCAGCAGCUGGGACCCAAGCUCAAUCCGGCCAGUGGCAAACAAUUAAAUGCUGCCGAUGCACAGCUGAUGACGAUAUGUGCACACAUAUCACGAAAGCUGCGCCAACAGGCAGCCUCGGAGGUUGCCUCGACGGAGUCGGACACAUUCACGGCGUCGCCAAGCGUACAGUUUACCAGCCGCGCACCUGGCGGCUUUCCCGUCUCCGGCGAGACAAUGAAAGCCUCCGCCCAGUUCAUGUUCAAUCCGAACUUUGGCAUGCCCAGUAUACCCGUGUGCUUCUACAUGACCCCGGCCAAUUUCCGCAUGCCCAUGUGGUCGCCGACGCCCACGUUUAUGGGCAUGCAGGCCGGACACUUUGGUGGCUCCUCGAAUGCUGGCGGCAUCUUCUUUGUGCCGCAACAAACGUUUGGGCCGUCGGCCAACUUCUUUGGUGGCAGUGGCGGUACAGCGGGCGGUGGUGGUGCACAGAAUCAACUGCCGAACAUAUUUUCGAAGAAUGCAUCGCCGCUGAAGCAGGGCGGCAAUGGACAGCAGCAGCAGGUCUACUGCACAUACAUGCAGAACCAGCAGGGACAUGCGCAGUCACAGGGACAAUCAAUACAAGGUAAUCUCUCGCCUGGCAGCCAGGCGGGCUUCUCCAAUGCCAACUUUAAGAUGCGACAUGGUGCGAAUCAGACAAGUGGACCACAGCAGAGUCAGAUCAUCUAUGCCUCCUAUGUGGGUGAGCCGCAACAGCCGUUGGAACGUUUCAAGUGCCCGGAAGCUGAUCAGUCGGCCUGCUAUGGCCAAAAACAGUGCAUUCCUACGUCGAGAUGGUGCGAUAAUGUCGUCGACUGCUCCGAUGGCAGCGAUGAGUCCGCCUGCACCUGUGCCGAUCGUUUGGAUGAGGAUCGCUUGUGUGAUGGCUAUGCGGAUUGCCCCAUGGGCGAGGAUGAGCUGGGCUGCUUUGGCUGCGAGUCCUUGGCACACUCUUGCUAUGAGAAUGCCGAGGAAUAUGCGCGACACAAUCGCUCCAAGUUGUCCAUGUGCUACAGUCGCCUCGAACGCUGCGAUGGCUUCCGCAACUGCUUCAACGGACGCGACGAGCUGCAGUGCAGCAUGCUGAUUACAGAUGUCACGCAUCAUAUGUCGCAUGCGGCUACCUCAUCGGAGGGUUAUCUGUUUCACAAUCAUCGCGGCGAUUGGUAUCCUGUGUGCAACAAUGGUGCAAAGUGGGCGUCCGAUGCCUGCGAGUUGCAGGAACUCAAUCAAACCACAAAUGUUACCUUCAAGGAGUUGACGCUGACGGGUCCGUUCAUUGAGCCGUCAUUGCAUGCGGGAAUUCAUUUUGCCCAAGCCUGCCAUGGUCGCAACGACCAAGAUACGCUAGUCAACCAUGUUGCCUAUGUCAAGUGCCCAUCACCACAGUGUGGUCUGCCCAGCAAGCCCAGUCAGAGUGAGAACAAGAAGCGCACGAGAAGAGCACCGAUUGAGGAUCGCACGGAUGCGGCGAAGACUCGCAUCGUUGGCGGCAGCUAUGCAACACAAUUGCAAUGGCCCUUCGUGGUGGCCAUCUAUCGCGAUGGCAACUUUCACUGUGGCGGCACCAUCUACUCGGAGCAUUGGAUCAUCAGCGCGGCGCAUUGUGUCAUUAAUUUUGGCAAGUAUUAUUAUGAGGUACGCGCAGGACUCUUGCGCCGCACCAGCUACUCGCCGGCUACGCAGAUCCAAACCGUUUCCCAUGUGGUGGUGCAUCAGGCUUACGAGCGGCGCACCAUGCGCAAUGAUCUUUCGUUGGUGCGCGUUGCGGCGCCGUUGCAGUUCAAUCGCUGGGUGAAGCCCAUCUGCAUGCCGGAUAUGGGACGGACCACGUUUGGCCAGGACUGGAUCUGGGGUCCAGAGGAGCACACACUGUGCACAGUCGUUGGCUGGGGUGCCAUCAGAGAGAAGGGUCCAAGUAGUGAUCCCAUGCGCCAGGUUAUUCUGCCCAUACGCAAGGGUUGCACGGAUCCCGAAGAUAGGGCAUCGGAAGAUGUUUGUGCCGGCGAGCCGGACGGUGGUCGCGAUGCCUGCCAAGGUGAUUCAGGCGGACCGCUGUUCUGCCGCAGCGUAAGUCAGCCGGAUCAAUGGUAUUUGGCGGGCGUCGUCAGCCAUGGCAAUGGUUGUGCCCGUCCCAAGGAAUUUGGAGUCUAUACGCGCGUCGCCCUCUAUCUGGACUGGCUGGAGUUGGCGGUGGAGCCUCAUCUACUCCCAGCGCGGCAACCAUUGCAACUCUGUCCGGGCUUCUUGUGCGUCUGGGGCGGCAAGCGGUGCAUUGCCCAGCGAAAGCGCUGUGACCGCAACGUGGACUGUUUGGGCGGCGAGGAUGAAGUCGGCUGUGCCUACAACUUCAUACCGGACAUGGUGGGCACCAGCAAACAGAACAUCAGCAGCACCACCGAGAGCGACUAUCAUCCACCAACAAUUCGCAAAAAUGUUCCACAGGAUCAAGAAGCACAACAGACAGAGAGCAAACAACGCCAAGAUGUGUCCCUUGAAGAUGCCAAUUUGUCUGCUGAGAUUAUGAAAGUGCCACCAGCUGAAAGCGAAACAGGGCAGAUAAAUGCAACAACAAUAAUUGCAACAACAGAAAGUGAUGACUUGAAAACAACUGGGGAAAAUAGCAAAGAAAUAACUCAAACAGAAACGGAACUGGAAUUGACAACAGCAACAAGCUCUGAAACUACGACAACUUUACAAAAAGAUUCCUUACAAACGACGACAACAGGGCCAAGCACACUGCCCACAACUUGGCCUACAUCAACGGAGGAUUUCAUGAAACUUACCGAUUUGAUUAACCAACUUUUGGAGGAGUCGACAACAAUAGCCACAACUUCCGGCGAAGGGUUGGCAAACACAACGCUGUUUACUUUUACAACUGAUGCGCCCAGCUUGGCUACAACAACAAUUACCACAUUAGCAACAGUUGCGGAAACAACAACAACUGAUGUUGAGACCACAACUUUUAUGACUCCAACUACUGGCGACAACACAACAACUGAUUCUGUCAAAACAACAAUUACUUUGCCAACCACAACAACUCUGCCAACAGCAAAAGCGCCAACUACAACUACAACCACCAUGCAGACAACAACAACGCGAACAACAACAACACCACCAACAACAACAACACCACCAACAACAACAACACGCACCAACUCAAUCCCAACAACAAAAAGCAGCAAGGGAAUCUCAAAGCCGCAGCUGCCAGAUAAGUUUAUCUGUCAGAAAAUGCCUCAAAUUGUGGAUAUGCUGCAUCGCUGUGAUCGCAAUGUGGACUGCGAGGAUGGUACCGAUGAGCUCGACUGCACCUGUCGUGAAUAUCUAAAGGGCCGCCUGAGCGUGCUCAUCUGCGACGGCAAAGCGGACUGUGAGGAUUUGAGCGAUGAGAAAGACUGUGGUGGCUGCCAGGAGAAUGAGUAUCAUUGUGCUUUGUCCAAGACUUGCCUGCCACUGGCCAAGCGCUGUGACAAUAUCGUCGAUUGCAAGUUCAAUGAGGAUGAGAAGGAUUGCUUUGCCUUGACCAAUGGACACGAUGUGCACUUUGAUGCGCAUCAGCAACCCAAGUUCAGCAGUGUUGGCAUCUUUUCGAAGAAUGCGCAUGGCUUGUGGCGGGUGGUUUGCGCCCAUGAGACUGGCUUCCAUGAACACCAGGCCAAAACAGCGGACACUGUGUGCGCCUUGCUGGGCUUCAAGGGUGCCCAUCACUACAAUAGCACAGAGUUCGUCAACCAGCAGGAGAUGCAUCCAAUUACACCGGAGCUGGCGAAGAAGUCACAAUCGGGCUCAGAGCUUCAAACGCUGAUGCGAGACAAUGGACAGUUGUCCAGCGGCGAGAGAAGAUUGCCCCUGGAUAUCCCUCACAUGUUGCUUGGGCAGCAUAAAGCUCACGUCUUGGCCGAUAAGUGUGUGGGCAUCUAUGUGGAAUGCAAUCCACGUUCCAAUGCAACGUUGCCAAUGAAAACGUUUAGCGCUGGCCAGCCAAUUAAACAUCGUCCAAGCGAACAUCUGCCAGAGCUGCUGCCCACCAUCGAAACGCACAAGAGGCCGAAUGUGCACUUCAAGCCGCAGUUGCCCGCGCAGCUGGUCAACAAGAAGGAUGAGAUCAUGGAUCGCUUGGAUAUGCUGAUCAAGAGCAAGAAUAACAAGACGCUGCUGGUGCAGGACCAGCUACACGAGGCCAUUGAGGAUCUACACUGGCCCUGGCUGGCCGAUGUCUAUGCGAAUGGUGAACUCUGGUGUCUGGGCGUGCUCUUGGACAAGCACUGGCUGCUGGUGCACGAGAGUUGCCUUUCAGGCAUAAGCUUCGAGACGCACUACAUCAGCACAUUGCUGGGCGGUGGAAAGACCAAGCACUCCUUGCAUCGCAGCACUCACGAGCAGGUUCGUCGCGUUGACUGCUUUGAGGCGGUGCCCAAGUCGAAUGUGCUGCUGUAUCAUCUGGAGCAGCCAGCAAGAUUUACGCACUACGUGUUGCCCACCUUCUUGCCAGAUAUUUCCUCUGAGAAGGAGAGCCCACCACAUGAAUGCAUCGGCGUGCUGCAAGAUGACUACACUGGACGCAUCAAAACGGUGGCAAUUACAGAAAUCAAAAAUGAUACCAGCUGCAUUUCCUGUUAUCAACUACAGCAGAGGCAGCCGUCUGGCAAUUUGAUGCGUAUGCUAAACGUUAGUGCCGAGGAUAUGGCUUCCAUAUCGGAGGAAGUUGAAUUGGUUAGCGGUGUGACCGCCAGAGAGAUGCCAGCACUCACAAAAUUCACCAGCUGCACGCAGUUUGGGCAGAAGAAUCACACUGAUGCUCAAGUCAGUCCCAGUAAUCAGGGCGUUCUUGUUUGCCGGGAUUCGCAUACCGGCUGGUUUCCCACCGCCCUCUUCAGCUACAACAAUACCAACUGUCAGAGCUUUAAUACGCCUUUUGGCAUUAGGACACUGGAGCAGGCCUACAAAUCUCUGCAGGAUAUUAUGGAUCAACCACACUGCAGUAAUGUGCAAUCGAUGCCACCUUGCACCACACAUCGUUGUCCACUCGGUACCUGUUUGGAACAGACGGCGCUGUGUGACGGUCACAGCGAUUGUCAUGAUGGCAGUGAUGAAGUGGAGUCCAAGUGCCGUGAACUCAAGCAGCGCUGUGCGCCGGGUGAAAUGAAAUGCCGCACGAGCUCCAAAUGUGUGGCUAAGAGCAAGUUUUGUGAUCAUGUGCCAGACUGUGAGGAUAUGACAGAUGAGCCAACGAUAUGCAGCUGCUUUACCUACCUACAAGCCACGGAUCCUUCUAAGAUAUGCGAUGGCAAGCGCAACUGCUGGGACAAGAGCGAUGAGAGUUCGGUGCUGUGCAACUGCACUGCGGAUCACUUUCAGUGCAGCUCUUCUCCUGAGGAUUGCAUACCGCGUGAUUUUGUGUGCGAUAAGCAGCCCGAUUGUCCCAAUGGCGAGGAUGAGCGCUUCUGCUUUGGCAUUGAGCAACCGCUUCACGAGCAGCAAGACGAUUAUUGGUCGCAUAGUGGACACAGUCACAAAGCAACAGUGUCGAAGUAUGGCCAGGUGAUUGAACAAUCCUACGGCAUUUGGCACACCAAAUGCUUUCCCAAGAGCUCGCCACCCAGCGUAGCGGAAGUGCGUGAUAUAUGCAAGAAGCUUGGCUACCAUCCAGAUCGAAUGCCGAGUUAUCGCUUAAUAGAUGACACUACAAAUGAGGCAAAGCAUACCUUUGAAGUAGCUGAUCACCUUGGGCGCAGCUUCAGCAAUGACUCCUUGGUGGGCAAAUAUCGUGAGUCCACCAAGGCGGUAAUCAUCAGCAAAUUCUCGCCACUGGAGCUGAACGAGCGCCUGACGCUGUUCCUAAAGCCUAGUCGAUCGAUAGCAGAGCUCGUCAGAUGGAAUACAACAGACUCGAAUCGCUGUUUCAGGCUGGAAAUACGCUGUGCUUGAGCUGUAGUAGUCUGGUAGUAUCUCAACCUAUCCGAACCAAAAUUUCGUGAUUGUCUUUUUUGUACGUUUUAGUAGCAAAUAAAAACGAGAUUCGUCACUUUUUAAUUAAAUA